AAAUGUUGCCGUAUCGUCGAAUUGUUAAAGAGCUCUCUCUCUCUCUCUCUCUCUCUCUGUCUCUUUCUCUCUCUUUCUAUUUCUCUGCCUCUCAGAGUUUUUCUGAGUCUCUUAAAAUUUUCUCUCUGUAUUUUCUUGUUUGGUGGGGUAUCGUUGUGUGUUUUGGGCACCGCUUUUAGCUGAGGAAAUUAGAAAAGAGGAAAGAAAUAGGCAGUCAUGGGCUGCUUUCGCUGCACUGGAAAGUCGAGCAAAAGAUCAGAGAACAGCCAUAACAAGAACAAUAAGGCAGACGAUCAAGCUGCGCAAGAUGGUCAGAGAGUCAAUUCAAAUCUGCAUGUUAAAGGAGAUUUGGAUGUAAAGAAGGAAACGGUCUCUAAGGAUGACCAAUUACAAUUGGAUGUCAAGGACUUAAACAUGAAAGAUGGGAAAACCAAUGGCGGGCGGGCACAGACAUUUACCUUUGAUGAGCUGUCGGCUGCUACUGGCAAUUUCAGAUCGGACUGUUUUCUAGGUGAAGGAGGUUUUGGCAAAGUUUACAAGGGUUACUUGGAGAGAAUCAACCAGGUUGUCGCUAUCAAACAACUUGACCGCAAUGGACAUCAAGGGCAUAGGGAAUUUGUGGUUGAAGUAUCGACGCUAAGUCUUGCAGACCACCCUAAUCUAGUCAAAUUGAUUGGAUUUUGCACUGAGGGAGAUCAAAAGCUAUUGGUGUACGAGUACAUGCCAUUAGGAUCUUUGGAAAAUCAUUUACAUGAUAUUAUUCCAGGUAGGAAAGUACUAGAUUGGAAUACAAGAAUGAAGAUAGCAGCCGGUGCUGCAAAGGGCUUGGAAUAUUUGCAUGACAAGAUGAAACCCCCUGUUAUCUACCGGGAUCUUAAAUGCUCAAACAUCUUGCUUGGUGAAGGGUAUCAUCCCAAACUAUCUGACUUUGGCUUGGCAAAAGUAGGUCCCAGUGGGGAUAAGACUCAUGUUUCUACCAGGGUUAUGGGAACAUAUGGGUAUUGUGCUCCAGAUUAUGCCAUGACAGGUCAGCUUACAUUUAAAUCAGAUAUUUAUAGCUUUGGGGUUGUUCUUCUGGAGCUUAUCACUGGCAGGAAAGCAAUUGAUUCAACAAAAGGUCCUAAGGAACAAAACCUGGUUGCAUGGGCACGGCCCUUGUUCAGAGACCGGAAGAAAUUCUCACAAAUGGUUGAUCCUUUACUCCAAGGUCAUUAUCCUGUCAGAGGGCUAUACCAAGCUUUAGCUAUAGCUGCUAUGUGUGUUCAGGAGCAGCCUAAUAUGCGGCCUGUAAUAUCUGAUGUGGUUACCGCUUUAAAUUACCUUGCUUCACAGAAAUAUGACCCCCGAAUCCAUCCUGUCCAAAGCACCAAAAGGCAUUCGUCUUCUCCUGAAAUGAGAAGGGAUGAUGAUAGGAGAUGGAUCACUGGAAAUGGAUCAGAGAGUGAGUGAGAUAUGUGAAUGAAAUCAAGAAUAAAGCAGUCAAUACCUUUUUGCGGCUCGUACAUAUGUGCCUGGUUAUCAAUUUUUCAAGUGGCAAAGAUAACUGGUGCUUUUGCCAAAUCUUCACAUACACGGAAUAUUUACAUUCUCUUAUUCUCUCAUCUAUGUACAUUGUGAGCUGGGUUCUUAAUGUUAGAUUUCCCCAUUGUAGUUUUAGCCUCCAUUUUGAUAAUAUUACUCCAUUUUCUUGUUCAUUACCCCUUCUUUCAUCAAUUUCCAAACUAUGUAUAUUUUCUAGGAUAUCAGAGCAAUCGGAAUGUUCAUUUCGGAAAA